AUGGCGCCCGAUCGCACGGGGAAAAGUGUAUUCCUGGGAAAUAUCCCCUACAACCUCACGGAGGAGCAAGUCAAAGACAUCCUCAGCACAGCUGGAACUGUUACCAAGUUCAGGCUUAUGAUGAACCCGGAGACUGGAAAGCCCAAAGGAUAUGGAUUUGCAGAUUUUGCCGACGCCGAUGCCGCAGCUUCAGCUGUUCGAAAUCUGAACGACUACGAAAUCAUGGGCCGAAAGAUUCGUGUUGACUGGCCUCACAACAACGAGAAAGACUCCAUCCCAACAGACUAUCCUCAAGACGCGCAACCUCCCACGCAAGAUCCGGCACAGCACAUGCAGCAAAUUCCCGGCGCUGCGCCACUUCCUCCCCUCCCACCAGGCGUGGAAGUCCCAGCCCACCUCGAUUGCCCAAAUGCCAUCUCUCACACUCUCGCCUCCCUCCCUCCCAAUCAACUCCUCGACGUCCUCACUCAGAUGAAAUCACUUGCCGUGGCUGAUCCCGCCCGCGCUACUGAGCUUCUUCGUCAAGCGCCUCAGCUUGCCUAUGCCAUUUUCCAGGCUCUUCUCUUAAUGAACCUGGUCGAAUAUCAGCUUCUCGGAUCCAUUGUCGAACAGGCUGCUCAACCGCAACCUGCAGCACACCAACAGUACCAACAAUAUAACGUCCCGGGUCAAGUUGCUACUCCCCCUGUUGCUGCGACACCAUUCGCUCCACCACCUCUACAGGCUGCGCCUCCCCAGCCUGUAGCUGGUCAAGAGGAGCUCUUGCAACAAGUUCUGGCCAUGCCACAGGCUGCCAUUGAUGCCUUGCCUCCGAUGGAACGUAACCAGAUUAUGAUGCUACGUCAGCAAUUGAUGCAAGGUGGCAUGCGCUAG